AUGUCUGUGGACAAGGCCGUCGCCGCCUCCGGCGCUGACCUUGGAGAUGGCUUGAGGAGGAGAGCCGUGCCUGGCCCUCAGGUCCCUCGUGCUGCUCCUCAGCCCGAAGAUACCAAGAAGCUUGCCAAAAAGCAACCGUCCUUCUUGCAGACCCUGGACGAGUGGGAGGUCGUCAUCGCCCCCAUCUUAUUUACCAUUGUUGCAGCUUUUACUCGCCUUUGGAAGAUUGGCAUUAGCAACAUCGUUACUUGGGACGAGGCCCACUUCGGUAAAUUCGGAAGUCACUACAUUAAGCACGAAUACUAUUUCGAUGUCCACCCUCCCCUCGGUAAAAUGCUGAUCGGCCUCUCUGGCGUCCUCGCCGGUUACAACGGUUCGUUCGAGUUCAAGUCCGGGGAGAAAUACCCCGAAGAUGUCAACUAUGCCUUCAUGCGCGCCUUCAAUGCUCUUUUUGGCAUCGUCUGCAUCCCGAUGGCCUACUAUACCGCGCGAGAGCUUCAUUUCAAGCGCGCCACUGUCUGGUUGAUCACCCUGAUGGUUCUUUGUGAGAACUCGUACACUACCAUCAGCCGGUUCAUCCUUCUCGACUCGAUGCUUCUCUGCGGUACCUUUGCCACUGUCCUUUGCUGGGCCAAGUUCCAUAAUCAGCGCAACAACAGCUUCUCGCUAGAGUGGUUCUUUUGGCUUUUCAUGACUGGCCUCAGCAUCGGCUGUGUGUGCAGCGUCAAGCUCGUUGGCCUCUUCGUCACCGCGCUUGUCGGUCUAUACACCGCCGAGGAUCUUUGGAACAAGUUUGGGGACACCCGAAUGCCCAUCACUACCCUCGGAGCCCACCUUAUUGCGCGUGUCGUUGGCCUGAUUAUUGUGCCUUUGAUCGUCUACCUCGUUUCGUUCUACCUCCACUUUGCGAUUCUCGACCAUAGCGGCCCCGGAGACGCCCAGAUGAGCUCUCUCUUCCAGGCCAACCUUAAGGGCACCGACGUUGGAAAGAACAGUCCUCUUGAGAUUGCCUAUGGCUCGCGGGCCACGAUCAAGAACAUGGGCUAUGGUGGCGGUCUUCUUCACUCCCAUAUCCAGACCUAUCCCGACGGCUCUGGUCAGCAGCAGGUUACCUGCUACCACCACAAGGACUCGAACAACGACUGGUUCUUCUACCCCAACCGCAACGAUGUGCCCUAUGACGCCGAGGCCGACCUCCGAUUCAUUGGUGACGGCGAUGUCAUUCGUCUUCUCCACACUCAGACUGGACGCAACCUUCAUUCGCACGAGGUAGCCGCGCCCGUCACUAAGGCCGACCGAGAAGUCUCCUGCUACGGCAACGUUACCGUCGGUGAUGCUAAGGACCACUGGAAGAUCGAGGUCGUUCGCGAUGUAGCUUCCAGUGACCGUAGCCGAAUCCGAACUCUGACCACCGCCUUCCGCCUGAGGCAUGCUGUCCUUGGCUGCUAUCUCCGCGCUGGCAAUACCAACCUGCCACAGUGGGGUUUUAAGCAGAUUGAGGUCACCUGCACCAAGGAAAACAACCCCCGCGAUUCCUACACUCACUGGAAUGUUGAGGCUCACUGGAACGAUAAGCUUCCACCCAGUGAUCCUGGUGUGUACAAGUCUCCAUUCUUCCACGACUUCAUUCACCUGAACGUUGCCAUGAUGACUUCCAACAAUGCGCUUGUUCCCGACCCAGAUAAGCAAGACGAUCUUGCCUCGAAGUGGUGGCAGUGGCCCAUCCUCAACGUUGGUCUGAGGAUGUGCAGCUGGGACGACAAAGUAGUCAAGUACUUCCUGCUAGGCAACCCCCUCGUCUACUGGGGUUCGACGGCUAGUCUCGGCGUCUUCGGACUCGUCGUUGCCUGGUACUUGAUCCGAUGGCAGCGCGGAUAUAAGGAGCUGAGCCUAAAGGAUAUUGACCAUAUCCACUACGCCGGUAUCUACCCUAUUAUCGGCUGGGUCCUCCAUUAUCUUCCCUCCGCCGUCAUGGCUCGUGUGACCUACGUCCACCAUUACUACCCAGCUCUGUAUUUUGCCGUCUUGACAUUCGGCUUCCUCGUCGACUGGUUCACCCGCAACAAGAACAAGACGUUGCAAUACGCCAUCUACGGCUUCCUCUACACCCUGACUAUUGGACUCUACAUCUACUUUAUCCCCAUCUGUUGGGGUAUGACCGGUCCUAACCGAAACUACAAGUACAUGAAGUGGUUCAACAACUGGCGAAUUUCUGAUUAA